CUCACCACGCUGGCGUCACGUUGCACAAAUGUGUGAAACCCCUUCAGGAGUAGAUGAAGCUUUAAGCUAACUUACUGGCACAUAAAAACAAACAAAUACUAUAACAACAGUCUAAAUACAAGUUGAUAGAGUUUUAUUUGUUCGGCAUAUUGAAGCGGAGACACACGUGGACUCAAAAAAGUGCUCAAGGCCGACCCUCACAUCCCACGCUCAGCACUGAUUCAUUGAGCACCGAUUUCUUGUCACCACAUGGAACCCAUUCCCUGGUUGAACAUAUGAAGACCUCUACUGACCACUGUAGUUGGACAAAUUACUAUUGAUGUGUGACCAAAGCACCGAGAUGCCUGGAGGUGACUGCUGUCGUGAUGGGGAUGAGCCUGCGUUACUGUCAGCAACAGCAGGAGGAGGAGGAGGUGGACAGGAGGCGAGGAUGUCGUCAAGGCAGCAGGACGGAGGCGCCAGGUGGAGAAGUGGGUCAGGAAGAUGAGGAGAUGACAAGUGGAUCGCAUGAUCUCUCAUCUCCGGCCAAUCACAGCCCUGGUAGCGUCACAGGAUCCACCUCAGCUUCAACCAAGAGCAGUGAAAAUACAGACGGCAGCAGAGGACAGGCCCACAGAGAGGUGAUGGUUACAGUGUCUGAGAUGAAGAAGAGGAUCCCAUCAGAAAAACGCAGUCGCAGCAAAGCCAGCACUGUGGAGGCCUUACAAUACGCACUCAACUGUGUCAAGCAAGUGCAAGCCAACAGCGAAUACUACAAACUGCUGAUGAAAAACGGUCAGGAUGAGAGGAGAGAUGCCACAGUCUGCACCCUGGAAGAGUUGGAAAGAGUCACAUCUGAACACACCCUUAAAAACACGGACUCCUUCGUGGUGGUUUUCUCGCUGUCGAGCGGCCGCGUGCUGUACACGUCGGAGCAGGCUCCCAGCAUCCUUUGCUGCAAGAGGAAGUUCCUGGAGUCGGCCAAGUUUGUGGAGCUGCUCUUCCACCAAGAUGUCAACGUUUUCUACUCGCACACAGCUCAGCCGCAUCUGCCGCCCUGGAGCAACUCGCAUACAGCGGGGGUUCUGUUUGACUGUGCCCAGGUCAAGUCUUUCUUCUGCAGAAUCAGGGGCGGAAAGGACCGUGAGGGUGAGAUGCGUUACAACCCAUUUCGGGUAACCCCCUACCUGCUGACGGUGCAAGGAACAGGAAGCAGUGGGGAAGAGGAGGAGCCGUGCUGCCUGGCGCUGGUUGAGCGCAUCAUCUCUGGAUAUGAGGCACCUCGGAUCCCCAUGGACAAGCGCAUCUUCACCACCACACACUCACCUGGCUGUGUGUUUCUGGAAGUGGAUGACAGGGCUGUGCCGUUGGUAGGAUACCUUCCACAGGAUCUGAUUGGCACGUCGUUGCUGACUUGCAUUCACCCAGAUGACCGCCCCCUCAUGCUGUCCAUGCACCGGAAAGUGUUGAGGUACGCGGGCCAGUCUCGUCCGUUCGAGCAUUCUCCGGUGCGUCUGCGCUGUCAGAACGGAGACCACAUCACCUUGGACACCAGCUGGUCCAGCUUCAUCAACCCUUGGAGCCGCAAGGUGGCCUUCAUCAUCGGACGGCACAAAGUCAGGACGAGUCCACUGAAUGAGGACGUGUUUGCUGCUCCGACUAAGGAGGAUGUCCCCGUCACCCAUGAAGAAAUAAAAGAUCUGCAAUCAAAGAUCUAUAAGCUUUUCCUGCAGCCGGUCCGUAACAAUGGUUCCAGUGGUUAUGGCAGUUUGGGGAGUAACGGCUCUCAUGAGCCCUACAUCAGCGUGGCUUCAUCCAGUGACAGCAAUGGUAACCUGUGGGAGGACUCGCGUCGGGAACCGAUGACUUUGCAGCGGAUCUGUGCUGAUGUGAACAGAGUCAAGAGUUGGGGCCAGCAGGCUUAUCUGGGCUCCAACCACAAAAUUGCUCUUCUUGGCAAACCAGUCACAGCACGUCUGCCCCCUGCAGUGUCCAACCCUAAGGUCAGAGAUCAUGAAGAAGGCAGGAAGCAAACACACAUUCCCUCCUAUCAGCAGAUCAACUGUGUGGACAACAUCAUCAGAUAUUUGGAGAACUGUACAGGCCCAGCCCUCAAGCGGAAGAGUGUUUCUCAUUCCCUGGCCACGUCCUCUUCCUCAUCCUCAUCCUCUUCCUCAGAAGAUGACAAGCCUGCUGAAGCCACUCACACAGCUCAGGCCAGCUCAGACGUGGUGUUGGACAGUGCGGCAUCAGUGGCCCCGACGGCAGCAGCUGUUGUUGGAGCGCCUCUGACAGACAUCACAAUGUCCACUAAGGCCAUGAGUGUCACUAGCCAGUGUUCGUACAGCAGCACCAUCGUCCAUGUGCCACAGCCUGAAUCAGAGGCCACGGCACUGGAGGACGUCCCGAUGGGCAGUGAGCCUGCUGAUGCUGCUCCGACCCCUUCCCGUCGCGCCCCGAGCCCUGCCGCCGAGGGACGAAGGUUUAUAGGUCUCACUAAGCAGGUGCUGUCAGCUCACACCCAGAAGGAGGAGCAAGAGUAUGUGGAUCGAUUCCGCCAUCGCAUCCACCAGAGCCCCUACAGCUCCUAUCUGCAGCUGGACAACAGCUCUGUGGCUCACUCCCACCACCCAGGCGACUACGUGUGUCCAGUAAGCGGUGGCGGGUUAAACCGCUCUCGGAGAGGGAAGCCCAGACACAAGCGCCCCAAACCCCAGGGUUCCUCAGACAGCUACGCUUCCCCAGCUGGCCCUCCUCGCCGUGUCCCAGACUCCUCCUGGCCCUCCUCAGAGUCCUCCCAGCCCCAGAUGGGGGCGCCCUACAGCCAAACAUCCCCACUCCAGGCGUCAUUCUUCCCCAUGAUGGCAACCCAGCCUGGUCCUGAGCAACCGCCCACAGCACAACAGCUGCCUGCAGCAACCCCCAUGGUGCUGCAGCCUCCUGACCAAACCCAGCUCGGCUACAACUUCAACAUCAUGCAGUCCGCUCAGAGCCUGCCGGGCAUGCAGCCGUUCCAGAUGGACCCCUUUCAGAAUCUGCAGAAUAUCCAGACAUUUCCCAACCUGCAGCCCAUGGCGCCAGCGCCGGGCAUCAACCCUUACAUGACUCCUGUCAUGGCUGUCAUCCUGCCCAGCUACCCAUCGUUCACUCCAGGUUACCCGUCCAUCUACCCACCGGCCGCUCCUUCCAUGCUGCCCCUGGCACCCAUCACCAUGACGGGCUUCGCUCCCGCCGGUGUCCCCUUCCCUCAGCCCCAGUUCCAAGCCCUGCCGGGCCCCUCACUGACCUGCCUGGGCCCUCUGCUUUGCUCACCCAGAGCCAGCUCCUCUGUCGGGGAAGAGGAGGAGGCAGCCGAGCCUCGGGCUUUAUUCUCCAGCUCUCGCUCCAGUUCUCCGCUCCAACUGAACCUGCUGCAGGAGGAGCUGCCAAAGACGAGCGAAGGGCAGAGCUGCAUCGGGUACAACCACGCAGAGAGCCUCCACAAACAACAUGCCAACCAGGGUGAUAACCCCAGUGAGUCUGGGCACCACGACGCCCAGUCUACAUCCAGUGAGCUGUUUGACAUGCUGCUGCAGGAGGAUGCCAGGUCAGGGACCGGCUCUAACGCCUCAGGGUCUGGGUCAGGGGAGUCUGGAGGCUCCCUGGGAUCUGGAUCUGGCUCCAAUGGAACCUCCAUCUCACUCACUGGCAGCAGCAACAGCAGCAAAUACUUUGCCAGCAAUGAUUCAUCGGACACAUCGCGCAAAAUCCGUAAGAGCCAGGAGGCAGCGGCAGAGCACCAACACAGCUUCGGCGCUCGGGAGGAGAACUCGCUGUGGGGCAUGAUCCAGCACACGCCUGAGCGUGUCAUGAUGACGUACCAGAUCCACACCAGGGACCAGACUGAGGUGUUGGCAGAAGACAGGGAGAAGCUUCGGGUGCUUCAGCCACUCCAGCCCUGGUUCAGCCAGGAGCAGAAAGAGGAGCUGGCGGAGGUCCAUCCCUGGAUUCAAAAGCACACCAUCCCACAGGAGAUAGACACACAGGGUUGUGUGAGUUGCAACUCUGGCCCAGGGGUCGCCCACCCGCCUCACCGUACUGCCCCCAACAGCUCGGCCCCUCUGCAGAUCCCCCUGCAGAACUCCGUCGGACCUGUGGAGGACACUUGAGAGACCUGGGACCACAAAACCUACAACCUUACAGCGAACAAGCCCUGCCAGAAACCUCAACAACUCCCACCAUGCGUCUCUUCUGACCACCGGAGGAGCGGGUCCCUUUGCUUUAGUUUAACAUGUUUUUGUAAAGGUGUCGGGAGGCUGGACCGGGCUCUGAGGAACGGAGGAGGCAAAAAGAGACGGACAUUUUCUCUCAGUCAACCUGACGUGACUGCCUUUAUCAGACCAUAAAUAUUAUACCUCUCUUCUUGUUGUGAUCAUAGACCCCUGUAGGGGUUUAGUUUCUAUUUAAGACUGGCACCGUGGACCACUUGACACUCAAUAUAGAAAGAUGGUCCCAUGGUUGUUGCUCCCUGAACACGAACACUGUGUACAUGACACACCCGGUCUGUCAGAUGGGCGCGACCGGCUGACAAAGACGGCACUGGCCCAGUUUGAGAGCACACGCCGUACUCUUCUCCAGAGACGUGGAGGGCAGGUUGUACAGUACGUCAACUCCUUCAACUGCGUAGUAACUCACCGUGGUUGACACAUGGUGAAUGUUUUUUUUUGAUGGACAUAAAGACAAAGACACAUUUGCUGCUCUCUGUUUAUGAUAUUCAGAUUCUAGUCUUGUAAGUUGUUAUUGGAGUGUAUUCUCUUAUUCCAUAUGUUGGUUUCCUCUUGUCUGCAACAUCAGUUUUUAUGUUACUCUGACUCACGAACAACAGCAAACAUGGUGAUCAUUUUAAAUUGAAUUUAUUGCUAAAGCACAAGUCCAAAAUGUCCUGUAGCAAGUCCUUACUCCACCCAGUAUCCUGGUCAUCACCCUACUGUAUCUGUAGCUUACCUUUACCUUUUGUAAACACACAGCGUGGCCCCAAAUAUCCUCUGAUCCUCCUGGGUUUACUUACUGAAUGAAUUUCUUCUUAGACUCUGUGUCUGUUUGACUGUGUAUGUGUAUGAAAGAGACAGCCAGAGGGGAAUUAACUAACCCGUUGUAGUUCUGUGAAUGUCGUCACUCUUUUUUCUUGUACUGGCUUCAGAUUGCAGCUGACUUUGUGAAUGUGAGCGGGUGAGGGUGCGAUUGAGAGCUGCUUCUUUCAAUAGAUUUGUCCAACAGUGCAAAGACAGACCAGGGUUUUCUACCAUUUUUAAAUUUAAAGUAUAUUACAGUACCAUGUAUUUUAUAGAAAAAAAGGACACAAAAACAAACUUCACAAAGUGUAUAAAAAGCCAUUUGUCUUGAAUUCAGGGACUGUUUGUUUGUGACACAAAGGAAUGAAUAAAUAAACUAUGUACGUAACAUCA